GAACGUCGGCCAUGUCUCUCUCUCUCUCUGGUGGCGAACAGGUACACGGUUAACCAACGCGCACACGGCUCCGUCGAAGGACAGUUUAAUCCAGAAAAAUGGCCCGGAUCGUCGCCGUAAAAGAGUAUCUCGAAAAGACGUUGAAGGACGAGAGCAAGCCAUGGACGAAGAUGUUCGUCCUCGCGGAGGAGAAGACCGGCGUCGAUCGGCUAUACGUUUUUGUCGGAUCACUGGUGCUGCUGGCACUAUAUUUGGUUUUCGGAUUAGGACAACAACUAGUGUGUAACAUAGUCGGUUUUGUUUAUCCUGCGUAUCAAUCGAUGAAGGCGUUGGAAAGUCCCAAGAAAGAAGACGACUCAAAGUGGCUCACUUACUGGGUCGUUUUUGCCGUUUUCACCAUAGUAGAAUUCUUUUCCGAGUACAUCGUAUGCUGGUUUCCGGUUUAUUGGCUAUUCAAGUGUAUAUUCUAUGUAUGGUUGAUGGCGCCAACUGAAUAUAACGGCUCCUUGAUCCUAUAUCGCCGUCUCGUCCGUCCAAAGUUCAUACAAUAUCAGCCUGGAUUAGACAGACUCUUGUCGAAUGCACGUGAAACAGCAGUCAAGACUGCGGCGGAGGCAUUGCUGACCAACAAGCAAGAUUAAUGAAGCUACAAGUCGAGCACAAUAGAAAGUCCAUUUGUGUCUUUCCCUUUUUACUCAUUCCUAGCAGAGAGAAAGAGAGAGAGAAAGAGAGAUAGAGGGCAUGGAUUUCGUGGUUUACAUAAUAUUAUCGAGCGUUGUUACAUUAACGACUACAAAGAUGAAAAUGCCAAACAAAUAGAAAUUUUGAAUAUCCUAGAUACAAUAAGCAACUGUCAAGUGGAUCAGGGAAAACCAAAGCUGUCCAAAAUUGUGAAUAGAUAAUGAAGGAUGCACGAACGAGAAAAGCUCCCCUCUGAAAAUAAAAAAAACAUUUACAAUAUAAUAGCCUGCUUUCAAAAUUACAGAAUAUCGUGGUUAAAACAAGUUUCAGCAUGGAAAAGCGUUUUAUUUUUAAACAGGCUCGGCUUAUCGUUCAUGGUAAUUCCGAGCCAGUCUGAAAAUAAAACCUGGAGUGUUUUUGUAUAAUAGGAUAGACUGAUCGCGUGUGUCUUUGCCAUUUGCGUAAUCGUUUACGAUAUAUUGUGUGUUGGAAUACUUUACUUUUAGAGGAAAGUUUCACCAACAUUAAACUCUAAUCUGAUCUAAUUUUUUUUUUCCAAAAAUUUUUAAGUAACAUUAAUUAUAUAUCGAUUUUUAUCUUGAAAUAUUUACGGUAUCAAUUUGAAAAGGAUCAUAUUGAUGUUGGUGAAACCGGCUUUUACUAGGUACGUUUUACUAGGUAAGUUGUUUAUCAGGCAUUGUUGAGAAGCUAGUAAGGAUGAUUUAAAUAUUUAAAAAUAGUAAAGUUUCAAGGGAAAUGAUAUAUGAUAUAUUCAGAUACAUAAAUAUACAUCGAUAAAUCUAAAGAUUUUCAAUGUUUGAUAACUAAUGUUGCCAUUUAAUUGUUAUAUCGUGGUAAGGCGACUUCUGAUACGAAUCAGGAAUUAUGCCUUCUAGUUAGUUCAUGAGUCGUCAAUGGAACGACACGCACAAUUAGCUUAAAUUUGUACAUUAUAUAUGUGAGAGUGCAUCGUAACUUGCAUGCAGUCGUCUUCUUAUGUUUAUGGUAUACUUUAUCGACAUCCUUAAAUCUCUUUUAUUUUGAAAUAAUAGAAACAAGCUUAGGAUAUGUGUAUAUUGCUCAAAUUAAAUCACCACCUUGUACAAUUUAGUAGUUAAUAACCACGUGUCCGACCAAGUCGGUGUUCCAUUUGUGAAUCCUAUGAAAAUCUAAGGGAAAAUUUUCUAUGUCUUUUUCCAUCACUUUCCAUCCUCUCAAAAUUCUUUAUAUGGUACUGCCGAGAAGAGAAUAUUACGGGUUUUAAAAAUGUAAAUUUAGAUAUAUUGAUAGAAAUUAAAACCACUAUACACGCACC